AUGCGCACUUCCAUCAUUUCAGUAAUUGUUGGCUUUGCAGCCCUUGCAGCUGCUAGCCCAAUGCCUGACCCUACCGCACCACCAGCCGUGAGCGACUGCACGAUUACCGUUACACACUUCGAUCCUGGGUUCACUGGCGACUUCCAGCCCACGACUACGAUCACACAGUACAACAGCACAGUCACUGUACCAAGCCCCGUCGACUGCCAUGGCUGUGCUCACGUUACAACUGCCGACGCGCAGGCUCCUAACUGGGGUGGCCACGGACCCGCCUUUGAGAAGGUCAUCUACGUCCCGGCCACAGUGCCUACGACGGUGACGUCGCCGGUUUGCGCCACACCAACGGCUUUUUAG